GGCGAAAGCAUUCAGGUACGGAGAUGACCGCCUUGCCUGCUUCGAGGGAGGACAGCCUGGCGAUGCCUCUCGCGGCCACGUCGUCAGCGCGUCGUCAAGCCCGUCAGAUCUGCGAUGGCUGCCAGCGGCCUCUCCGUGCCUGCCUUUGCUCUUUCGUUCCAGCAACAAAGAUCCGUGUCGGAGCUGGAGGCUUCGAGAGCAUUCAUGGCAUCAUUGUGUACGUGCAUCCACUGGAGAAGAAGAGGUGAGGUUGACACACAGCUGAGCAGCCAACCGUGAGACUGCUUCACUGACUCUGUCUUGUCUGUGCUCAUCAGGACGUUCCGGUCGUGUCCUCUGCUGCAGAUGUGCGUCGAGGGCGUCCAUGCCAUCGAAACAAGACGCCCGGUGGUGCCCUCGCCCCCUCCCCCCUCCCCGCUGCUCAUCUACCGCACCGACACCAGCCGCCCGCUCUCGUCAGUCCUCCCAUCUCUGUCCUUCCCCGUCACACUCGUCGCCCUGGACGGCACUUGGCAGCACACAAAGGAGAUGUAUAGAGCUGCACCAUGGCUGGCAGACCUGCCCGCUGUCCAUCUCGACGCGAGCGAGACCAAGGGCUAUUUCUGCGACGUCCGUCACGCCCCUCUGGAGCUGGUUGAGCUGGGGGCAGUGAGCACCGCUGAGGCCGUGGCGUGUGUGGUUUCGGGGAUGGGGAGGUGGCUGUCUGACGAGGCCGUUAGCAGGUGUGAUGAGGUGGUGGGGAGGCUGCUGCAGGGAGUGGGUGACAUGCAGGAGAGGGCCAAGACUGAAGAGAAGGACAAGGGCAGGGAGGGGAGGGCGGUGUGUGACCAUGAAGGGGACGAUGGCUGGUGAGGGUUGAGAUGUGUAUGUCUGUGUGUG